AGUUGAGAGUACACGAUGAGCCCAAGAGAGGAAGGGGAUGACUGAGCAAGAAGAAUAAAUCUUCUGAUUAGUUAGAGUUCAGAACAGGACAGUACGUUCACUUCUUUACAGAUUUCAAUGAAACCGUCAUUUAUCAAAGGAUUUGUAGGGAUGGUUAAUUAGCUGAAUAACUUGUAGUCACAUAGCCUAUAUAAUCAUCACUAUGUACCUGCAGAGUCCCACACGAUUUUAUAUGCAUUAAAGUUAGUUGUAAUGUUAAGGUUGAAAUCAAAUUCAUUUUUAUCACAACUUUUACAUGAUCUGUGGUUGACGCAUAGGAUUUAUGUGAAUGAACCUAAAAACAGUUUUCUUUACUUGAUGCCAUUCGCAUAUAAAUGUUGCAUAGACUGGAUUAAGCAGUGGCAAAGUGAGGACGUUUUGACGUGAGACUUGUGUGAAUGUGGAGCAUCCGCUUUAGAGGCAAGCAGUGAGAGAAUGGUUUGGUUAUAGUUCUUUUACACCCUUGCUUUCAAUGUCAUUUCUCCCUGAGCCGGUGUCUGCUUGGGGCUCGGAGGCUGUCUUUAACAGCAACAGUGUCACUGUGUUGUAGAUGAGAGAGAGAAAUAAACAACCUCUCCACGGAAAUGUGACCUAGUGCGGCUUCAGGUUCAAAAUGUGAAUAAACCUAUGUACCGUGGGACGUUCCACUGCUUCCAAUCAAUCAUACGCCAGGAGUCGAUGCUGGGUCUGUACAAAGGUAUUGGCUCUCCAAUGAUGGGUUUGACCUUCAUCAAUGCUAUAGUUUUUGGUGUCCAGGGAAACACAAUGCGCAUGCUUGGCCGUGAUACACCUCUCAACCAGUUCUUGGCUGGAGCCUCUGCUGGAGCCAUCCAGUGUGUCAUUUGCUGUCCAAUGGAGCUGGCCAAGACACGUAUGCAAAUGCAAGGAACUGGAGAGAAGAAGUCUAAGAGGAAAAUGUACAAGAACUCCUUGGACUGUCUGGUGAGAAUCUACAAUAAGGAGGGGAUCAGAGGGAUCAAUCGUGGUAUGGUUACCACCCUGGUGCGCGAGACGCCGGGUUUUGGCGUGUACUUCCUUGCGUAUGAUGUGCUGACACGCUCCCUGGGUUGUGAGCCAGAAGACCCCUACAUGAUCCCCAAGCUGCUGUUUGCUGGUGGCAUGUCAGGCAUAGCUUCCUGGCUGUCCACCUAUCCCGUGGAUGUGAUCAAGUCACGUCUGCAAGCGGAUGGGGUCGGCGGCGUUUACCAGUAUAAUGGUAUCAUGGACUGUGUCAGGCAGAGCAUACAAAAGGAGGGGUGGAGAGUGUUCACUCGUGGACUUACGUCCACUUUGCUCCGUGCAUUCCCAGUGAAUGCCACCACAUUUGCCACUGUGACUUUGUUCUUAAUGUACAUGCGCGAGGGUGGAGAGUGUAGCAUUCCAGACUCUGAGCCGCCGUCUGUCCAACUGCAGCCUCUGCAAACGCAGACACAGCCGACCAGCAUGUAAGCUGGCGUGCAACAGUGAGUGUUGUUAAUUUUUAAGCAAACCUAUCUGUAGACAGUUUGUACACAGGUCAAGGAUCUGUUAAUUAGUGUCCACAAUCACAGAGGAGAGCUAUGUUUUGGGUAAGCAUCUGUCCAUAAAGCUUAAACCAAGUGGUCUCACAUAGUAUUUAAAUAAUAUAUAUUUUAAGAGAAAAUCUGCAAUUGUAAAUAUGUUCUCUUUGCUUUUGUACAUAUUUUGCUUUUUUAAGCAAAUUGAAAUAAACUUGACAGUUACAAGAGUUACUGUAACAUACAGUGACUGUUACAGAUGUCCCGAAAAUGUUGAACACGUUGAUCCUAAUGAUGCCGUUUUCAUCCUAUAAUAUUACACAAGCCUAAACACACAGCACGGCGUUUGGUAUAUUUGUGAAUCGGUGCUGUUUAUACUGUUACUUUCUACCAUUAGUUAAAUGAAGAUGAUUUUUAGGGUAAUUUUUAAUAGUCAAAAAUUAUCCUGUUUAGCAUCACGUGAACACUGUUUUGUAGCAUCUUGUGUAAACUGUUACAAGCAAAUUUUCAUGUUCAUUAAUGCUUCAUGUAGCUUGAACUGGAUUAGGCAGAAAUUUUAAAAGGUAAAUAAAAUAAAAAGUCACAACGCACUUUUUUUUUUUUUAACCUGAAGAUCUCCCCUCUCUGCCCAAAGUCACUAGACAAACAUUGGCUUGCACACAUGCCUUGAAAUGUGCACAUAAGACGAGCUGUGAUUUCGGGCUCUAGCUACUACGACUACUGAGCCACUGAUAAUCGCUAACAGAGGGUUAAACUGUCGCUUGUACUGAAUGACCAUUGCUGUAUUGUUCAGCCAAGAAAAA